AUGGCCUCUCAAGACUCCAAAGACUGGCUCAUCUGCACGGCCUGCGGCACCCAGUAUCCCACCGCAGACCGCCAGCAGCAAACACGAUGCUUCAUAUGCGACGAUCCCAGGCAGUUCACCCCGCCCUCGGGCCAGAGCUUCACCACCCUGGGCAGCAUGGUGUCCUCGCUCGCAGGCUACAAGAACGUCUUCCGCCGCUACGACAAGGACGACCGCCUGACCUUCAUCUACACCACCCCCAAGUUCGCCAUCGGCCAGCGCUGCGUGCUCGUCAGGACCCCCGCGGGCAACAUCCUCUGGGACUGCAUCACCCUCCUCGACGACGCCACCGUCGGCGAGAUCAACAAGCUGGGCGGCAUCAGCGCCAUCGUCAUCUCCCACCCGCACUACUACUCCACCCACCUCCAGUGGGCGACGGCCUUCGGCUGCAGCGUCUACCUCGCCGCCGAGGACAAGCAGUGGCUGGCGCAGACGGACCCCUCGAGGCAGGUCUUCCUGGGCGCCGACGCGAGGGAGCACGAGGUCACCGUGUCAGGCCAGAAGACCGGCGCCACCGCCCUCAAGCUGGGAGGCCACUUCCCCGGCAGCCUGGUGCUCCUCUUCGCCGGCCGCCUCCUCAUCGCCGACACCCUCCUGACCACGCCCGCGGGCAUUGGCAGCUGGGAGACGGAUGCGGUCGGCACCAAGCGCGAGGGCCAUCUGGGGAGGCCCGAGGGCGCCAACUCGUUCGCCUUUAUGUGGAGCAUCCCCAAUUUCAUCCCCUUGUCGCCGGAUGAGAUAUCGCAGAUGUGGGACGUCCUGGGCAAGCAUGAUUUCCAGAGCACGCAUGGCGCGUUCAUGGGGCAAGAUAUCGAGGACGAGAAGAUCAAGGGGAGAGUGCUUCAGUCUGCGCAGAUCCAAGUCCAUAGGAUGGGCUGGACAAACCAUGCCUUCUUGAACAUAUCUACAUAG